AUGACGGGACGAAUCGUUGGUCCCAAGAGUAAAAGGAUUAAGUUUGAUGCUGCUGACAUUUCUUCAUUGCCUUUAGCUACUGAGAGAGUUCAAGUGACACCAGUUCUUCCUGAAGGUGUGUUUGGGGAUCCAGAAUUUAAGCAGGUUGCAGUUUUGGAAGUCAAGGACAAGAAAUCUACAUCAGUUGCUAUCAAAGAAUUGUCACUUAAGUUCCCUGUCCCGUCUCUUUGUCACUUGAAGAGAGUUCGUAAAUUAAUGAAAAGGGAAGAUAUUUUCCCUAAGGAUUCUGUUAGUGUUGGUGUUCCCUUGAAAGAGGCUUUACUUGUAUAUUUGACAUACCUAGAGGAUUUUGACAUUCCAAAUUUAAUGGAAACUGGAGAUGAUAAUUUGGCUGCUCUGAGUGAUACUGAGUCUAGGAAGGUAAUAUUCAAGCUUAAUGAGAAAGGGAUCAAUUUGGCACUGUUCACUGACAAAGUUUUUGUUUCUAAAGUUGCUAAAUAUUCACCAAAAAUACGUGAUAUGUAUGAUAAAGUUUCUCCCUUUUGGCCUUGUUCUUUACAUGAAGAUCAGUAUCUUGUGUGGCUCUCCUCUCCAAAUCUUUUCAAAGAAGAAGAGUUAAAAGUGAUGAUAAAAUUCAUGAAUGAAGCCUUAGAACUUGGUAACAAAGCAGAUAGAGCAAGUGGUGAAAAUGUUGGUGUUGUGAUAGUGGAUAGUGCAAAUGGGAGUGUUGUUGGCCGUGGUCAGGAUCGGAGACACAAACAUCCUGCGCAGCAUGCUGCUAUGAUCGCUGUUGACCAUGUGGCUGUUAAUCAGAAUGGUGGUGCCUGGGACAUUCAUGCAAUAUGUAAAAAUAAAAAUAUGAGUACACGUAGUUUAUUAGAAAAUGGUGAAGGAGAGGUAGAUAUCGCUACUGCCCAUGAGACAGUAAAGGGUUCGGCUUCUGAUGCAUGUUUUGGAUUAAUGAAAACUCAGAGUACCAGGAACAGUGAAUCCAAGUUAUUAGUUGAAAAUGACCAAAACAGCGAAACAGUUUCGUACAUAUGCACAGGACUUGAUGUGUACAUGACUCGUGAGCCUUGCAUGAUGUGUGCAAUGGCUUUGUUGCAUUCUCGAGUUCGUCGUAUAUUCUAUCGUUUUCCAAAUCCUGAAGCAGGGGCUCUUGAAUCCAAAACCAAACUCCAUAUUUUGGGAGGUUUGAAUCAUAGAUUCGAGGUAUUUUCUGUAAAACCAGCAUGAUCAGUUGUUUACGUUGGUAAAUGUGUAGAAAUAAAGGUAUAUGAAAAGUU